AUGUCCACCUUCACACCGGUUGCUUCCCUCAAGGGCCAGAGUGUCGCCUCCGCCACGCAGUUCUCGCGCGCUGACAUCGACGCCCUCAUCCAGCUUUCGCUCAAUAUGAAAGCGCACAUUGAGGCCGGCAAAACGAUCGACGCCCUGCGCGGCCGCGUCAUGACGCCGCUGUUCUUUGAGGACAGUUCUCGCACGCUAUCCAGUUUCUGCGCAGCCAUGAUGCGGCUGGGCGGCAACGUUGUGAACUUCAAGGUGGAGACGUCGUCUGUGAACAAGGGCGAAUCGCUGCAGGAUACCGUUCGCACGCUGGACGCGUACAGUGACGUUCUCGUGCUCCGCCACGUUAGGGAGGAGUCGCUGGAGCAGGCGAUGGGCGUGGCGACACAUCCGAUCAUGAACGCCGGCAACGGCGCUGGCGAGCACCCGACUCAGGCGCUGCUCGACACCUUGACUAUUCACGCUGAGCUUGGUGCUGUGGACGGCAUUACGAUUGCGUUGAUCGGAGACCUCAAGAAGGGCCGAACUGUGCACUCGCUGCUAAAGCUUCUGACCCACAACUUUGCGCUGAAGAAGGUGUACCUCAUCGCCCCCGCUGGGCUGGAGAUGCCGACCGAGGUGCUGGCACAUAUCGCGGCGGACGUGCAGGAGCGCGGGAUUGUGAUUGAGGAGGCAUGUAAUCUCAGUCCGGAGAUUGUGGCUGACUGCGACGUGCUCUACGCAACGCGCCUGCAGAAGGAGCGCUUUGUUGCCUCCGCUGCCUGUGACGCUGACGCUAUGGCCGCCUUUGAGGCCUCCAAGGCCAAUCUGCUGAUUGACAAGGCUCGCCUGGCACACGCGAAGACGAAGAUGAUUGUGAUGCACCCUCUGCCCCGCGUGGAUGAGCUCAGCACCGACAUCGACGACGACCCGCGUGCCGCGUAUUUCCGACAGAUGCGCUACGGCCUCUUCAUGCGCAUGGCUAUCCUCUUCAGCGUGCUCUCGUGA